CCUUUCACAUCUCCUGCAUACCUACCAAUGAAGGAGACUUCUUUGGCACAGCAACAUCGAUAACCCUGCCACAGGAUUUGCUUGGGAAUUUGAUGGAGAACUAGGUCCAAACAGUUCUAGUGGAUGUCUGAUGGGUUGACACGCAUGCCGCCCUCGCGGAUGCUUCCGUCUCGAGUCCUUGGCGUCCCGUGCCCCUCCGUGUCCCUGUUACCUUUGGAGAAGUCUUCCGUGUUGGAGUCAAAAUCUGAGACGUGCAAUGUCAUGAGCGUGAAAAAGAAGGCAUUCUUCCUGACCAUUCUGGGAAGCACCUUCCUUAUUGUACUUCUGGGCUACAUGGGGCACAUCGGUGCCAGCAUGUGCUUCACCGCGGAGCCACGCCACACCAACUCCAGCCCCACAUCGUCAGUGUCCACCACACGGGCAGUAGGAUGCACCACAGCGCAGGGCAGAAGUGCUGACGGCUCGGUCAUCAUCAACUCUGACGGCUGGAGUGAAGACGGCAUGUUGCAUCUAAAAAGGACCAAAAAGCGCCUUCCCAAGGCAAUUAUCAUUGGCGUGCGGAAGGCAGGGACUCGAGCUCUCCUUGAAAUGCUCAACCUCCACCCCAAAAUCGCCAAAGCUUCCUCAGAAGUUCACUACUUCGACAUCGCCGAGAACUACGAGAAAGGAAUUGACUGGUCACAGGCACAUGGCUCAGUGGUUGAAUACUUCCCACUAGAACAGAUCUGUGUGGUGGAUGGAGACAAGCUGGUGAAAGACCCGUUGCCAGAGUUGCAGCGGGUGGAGACAUUUUUAGGGUUGGAGAGAUACCUGUCCAGUAAAAACCUGUACUACAACGCCUCCAGAGGCUUCUACUGUUUGCGGAAUGACACGAUGAACAAAUGUUUGAGC